CCCUCUGCUCCCCUUCUCCUUUUCUUUUCCUUUACCCAGCAACAAAACCCCUAAUUCCUUUUCAUUUCCAUACGAGACCGCCGCGUUUCCAAUCGCCAACCCACCAAUUAGAAAAGAAUCCCUCUGCUCCCCUUCUCCUUUUCUUUUCCUUUACCCAGCAACAAAACCCCUAAUUCCUUUGCUUUUCCAUACGAGACCGCCGCGUUUCCAAUCGCAACCUGCCGGUGACUUCGUCCUCCUCCACGACCACCACCAUCUCCAAGCCGCCUUAAAUCGACGGCCUCCUCGCCAGAGCCGGGUACAAGGUCCGUGCAUCCGACCAUCGCCACGUCGCCCAGCGGCUCGAGACCGCCAUGCUCAACUCGCCCUCCCAGCACCUCUCCCUCCUCGCCUCCAACGCCGUCCUCUACAACCCUUCCGAUCUCUCCACCUGGGGUACUGCCGAUUGGAUCGGCCGAGAUGGUAGGGUGGAGGCGAAGCGGUGAGGGCGGAGGAACGCAGGGGAGUCGUCGCCGACGGGCUGGCCGAUAUGGGAGUGUGGAGGUGGCGGAGCGCAGGGGAGGGGAGUCGUCGCCGCUUCUGAGAAGAAGGCUGGGCGAUGUGUGGAGGCGGCUGGGCGAUGGAUUGGCCGAUGUGUUUGUGAGGGAGGAACGAAGGCCAAGCUACUAGGGUUGGGGUGUUUUAGGGAUGGCAAAACUACGUCGUUUAGGUCGGUCGGUUAGCGUCGGUUAGCCGGUUAACCGACAUCGGUUUUUCGGCUAACCGCCUAACCACUAACCACCUCCGACAACCGACCGCCACUUGUUUUUUCGGUUUCCGGUUAGCUGCUAACCGGCAGUUAAUGGUUAGACCGGCCGGUUAGCCGCUAACCGGCAACCGAAAUGACAGCCCUAACUAAAAUAACGGAUCGAUAACUUAAUCAGCCUCUACUUUUUUAAUGGUUUAUUAUCUAGAUUUUUCGUGCAUAACCAUUUGUUCUUUUCUUAAUUUUUUAUUAUUGAAUAAAAAAUAAUUUAGCAUAGAUAUUAAUGCAUAAUCAACUCAAUCCAACACAUGUACACAAUAACAAUUCUACCGUCAAAUUUGAUUAAAGAAGAAGACAAGAAUAAGAGACCCAACAACAAUUACUCAACUCAUAAACCCCACCAAAUUACAUGGAAGGUUAAAUGUUACUGAUUGUUGUUGAGCAACUGUGUGAAAGUCCAACUUUUUACUGUACUCCUUGUAAAUCACUUCUUUUAAAUUAUUCUCAUUUGAAUCUAAGCCACUAUUACAACUAUGGUAAAAAAAAUAGAUGUUGUAGGUCUUCAAACAUCUCAUUAUUUUCGACGUAUAUGAAAAUGAUCGUAACGAUUACUCGAUUAACCGUUUAACCGUCGGCUACUGUUUAACUGUCAGUUAGUAAUUAGCUAAUCAUUUACUGUUUAAUCGACAGUGUAACCAUCAAACAUCAAUUCUGAUCCGGUUAUUGGUUACACCGCAGACACGGAAAAAAUCCAAAACUACCACUGUUUAAAAAAAAUUACAAAAAUACCACUCACUCCAAAUAAUUUCCAAAAAUACCAUCCUUUAUAUUAAUCCGCGCCUCUAAUGAGAGGUUUUUAAUAAAACCGCGCCUCCAGGAAGCGUUUUACAUUAUAACCGCGCCUCCAGGCAGCGUUUUUAAUUUCCAGAAAAAAACGCUUCUGGAAGGCGCGGUUAUAGGCUAACCCUACCACAAAACGCUUCAAGAGGGAGCGUUUAACUGUCGGCAUUACAAACCGCCUCCCCAAGCGGCGGUUUACAAUGUCAGUACAUAAACCGCUGCCCCAAGG